AAUAACACUUUGGAAGAACAACAACAACAACAACAACAAGAAAAGACAAAAGGAUUUGUAAGAAAAUGGGAAGAGCUCCAUGCUGCGACAAGGCAAACGUGAAGAAAGGGCCGUGGUCGCCUGAAGAAGAUGUGAAACUCAAGGAUUAUAUCGACAAAUAUGGCACUGGUGGCAACUGGAUCGCACUGCCUCAGAAAAUUGGGUUGAAGAGAUGUGGUAAGAGUUGCAGACUGAGAUGGCUUAAUUACUUAAGACCAAACAUCAAACAUGGUGGCUUUUCUGAGGAAGAAGAUAGUAUCAUCUUGAAUCUUUACAUCAGCAUUGGAAGCAGGUGGUCUAUAAUUGCAGCUCAGCUUCCCGGAAGGACAGACAAUGAUAUCAAGAAUUACUGGAACACCAAACUGAAGAAAAAACUUCUCGGAAGACAGAAACAAAUGAAUCGUCAAGACUCCAUCACCAAUUCGAAUGAAAACAUUAUCAGCAACAACAAGAGUCCUCAAAAUAUGAGUAACUCGGCUCUAGAGAGGCUUCAACUUCACAUGCAGCUUCAGAAUAUACAAAGCCCUUUCUCUAGUUUCUACAACAACCCUAUCUUAUGGCCCAAGCUUCAUCCAUUGUUGCAGAGUACUAUAACUACUCCUGAUCAAAACUCUAAGCUAGCAUUCCAAGAAAUCCUCCACCCUCUAGGAGUUAACGUUGCUCAUCUUAACAAUCAUACCAAGAUAGCUGAGCUUAACAAUGGAGUAUCUCCUAUCUAUUCAGAUCACGUAGAGCAAGCCCUAAACCCUGCUCACGGUUUCGGUUUUUCUCAGGACCUUGAAUUAGAUAAUCAUAACAUGGACCUUAUGAACAGAGGUGGUUCUAAAGAAUUGUUUCAAGCGGGCAAUGAGUUUGAACUAACGAACGAUUCGAGCUGGUGGUCGGAAGAUGUGGAGCUAGAGAGGAAAACUAUGUCGUUGAGUUCUUGGGGAUCGACUUCUGUUCUUGAUAAGACGACUGAAGGAAGGGAUAUACUUCAAGACUACGCUCAGAUGAGCUACCACAGAGUGUAAUCAAUUUUAUUUAUCAUGCAUAUAUAUAUGUACGUGCAUGUAUAGCUAUAGGGAUGGAUUAUUGAUGAAUUAUGGUUUAUUACGGUCAUAAGCUUAUUAUAGCAUGUUGAGGGUGAAGGGUUUUUUCUUUCUUUUUAAAUGUAACGAGUUGUGG